AUGGCUACCCCCAGUGUUCUCGCUUUUGACGCUGAGGGUCGAGCCAUUGACUUUGAGGUUUGGGUGGAUGACCUGCAGCUUUUCCUACAGUGCGAUAGGGCAGACGGUCUUUCCCUCUUUGACCUCACCUCUGGUGCUUCCCCUGCCCCUGCUGCCGAUGCCGACGCCACUGUUCGCUCCCAGUGGGCCACUCGCGAUGCUGCUGCACGUCUUGCUGUGCGUCGCCACCUGCCUACCACUGAGCGCGCGCACUUUAGCCAGUACAAGAGUGCUCAGACCUUGUACGACGCUGUCGUUGCACGCUACUCUUCCCCUGCCACUGCUGCACUGAGCCGCCUCAUGCUACCGUACCUCUUUCCUGACCUUGCUGCCUUUCCCACAGUCGCUGACCUCAUUACGCACCUCCGCACUAGUGACACUCGCUACCGCGCCGCGCUUCCUGCUGAGUUCUGCGUCAAGAACCCCCCCCCCAUGUACAUCACUCUCUAUUAUAUAGUCACCCGCCUCCCUGACUCCCUUCGUAUAGUCAGGGACCACUUCCUCUCAGUCUGUCCCACCACUCUCACUGUUGACCUCCUAGAGAAGGCCCUCCUAGCAGCGGAGAAGAGCAUAGUCGCUGUAGGAGCCUCUCGUGGUGACCCUCGCACCCCCAUCUUUGAGGGGUGUUCCCCUUCCCCCCUGUUGCCCUCUGUCGCCUCUGCUGCUGCGGCCGACCUCGUUGGUCUUGAGUCGGUCGGUGCGGCGUCUGCCCCUAGCGGGAGACGUCGCUCUGGCAAGGGCAAGGGGGGCAAGGGCGCGGGUGGGGCUAGCGGGGGUGGUGGAGGUGGCGGUGGGGGCGGCGGGGGGAGUGGGGGUGGCGGUGGGAGUGGUGGCGGGGGUGGAGGUGGCGGUGGCAGCGGCGGAGGCGGAGGCGGCGGUGGCGGUAGCGGUGGGAGCGGAGGCGGCGGUGGCGGCGGAGGUGGAGGCGGCGGUGGUGGAGGAGGUGGAGCUGGUCGGGGUGGUGCUUCUCAGCGGAGCGGCUCCGGGAGUGGUCAGCGCCAGCAGCAGCAGCAGCAACAGCGUUCUCGGGACAUCCCCCCUCCUCAGCAGCUCCGUGAGUGGUACACGCAGCGUCAGCGUGGUGGGGGUUUUGGCCCGUGCACCUACCGUCAGCAGUUCCCGGAGGCUAGUGAGAUCCCCCGCUGGGAAGAGCUGUCAAGGGAAGGCGUAGCUAUCUUUGAUCUUGACUUUGAUGCUAUCCUUGCUGCCAUGUAUGCUGUGACUAUUAGUGAUGAGGGUGACUGUUACCGGUGUUUCCCGCCCAACCCGGGCAUUGGUACUGCUGCUCUAGGUACUGGUGAGGCUGCUGCUCUAGGUGCCAGUGCGUCCGCGCCCUCAGGUGCUGGUGAGUUUGCGCUCUCAGGUACCACGUCGGCUUCGGCCUCCCUCACCUUCACACUUGACUCAGGGGCUUCUCGCUCCUUCUUUCGAGACCGCACCACACUCACGCCGCUUGGUCGGCCAGUUGCAGUCUCCCUGGCAGACCCCUCUGGGGGUCCUGUCCUCUCUCACUUCUCCACUGUCCUCCCGUGUCCGGCUGCCCCCUCUGGCACCUUGUCUGGUCUUUACCUCCCCUCGUUCUCUACGAACUUGGUGAGUGGUGCUGACCUGCAGGAUACGGGGGUUCACCAGUUCACUCCUGCGAGUCAGCGGGUGACCCACUGCACGGACGCUCGGACAGGCCGACACCUGGCCACGUUUACACGUCGGCCGGGGUCGAGCCUGUACACACUGACCACCGCGUCUCCUCCAGUCACUGCGUCUGGUCAGGUAGCUGCGUCGGGUCCGGUGUUUGCUGCAGCGUCCAGGUCUGGUCCUGAGUCUGCCCCCUGCUCGUGUCGCCUCCUGUCUCACGAGACUCUCCUCUGGCACCACCGUCUUGGUCACCCCUCCCUGCCUCAUCUUCGAGGCAUGGCUUCCCGUGUCCUUGUCUCUGGUCUUCCCCGGUCCCUCCCUCCCCUUCCUCCGGGGCCUGGUCCUUCCUGUGUCCCCUGUGUCGAGGGGCGGCUCCGAGCUGCCCCUCACUCCUCUCAGUUUCCCCCGACAGAGACCCCGCUGCAGACGCUUCACAUGGACGUGUGGGGCCCGGCCCGCGUCCAGGGACAGGGUCACGAGCGCUACUUCCUGCUGGUGGUUGACGACUACUCGCGUUACACCACAGUCUUCCCCUUGCGCAGCAAGGGUGAUGUCGCUGAGGUGUUGAUCGACUGGAUCCGCGCAGCUCGUCUCCAGCUCAGGAGGAGCUUCGGCUCGGACUUUCCUGUUCUGCGUCUGCACUCUGACCGAGGCGGAGAGUUCUCCUCUGGCCUUCUGCGAGCCUACUGUCGUGCGCGAGGCAUCCGCCAGACCUUUAUGCUUCCGGACUCUCCACAGCAAAAUGGGAUUGCUGAGCGCCGCAUUGGCAAGGUCAUGGACGUCGCUCGUACGUCCAUGAUGCAUGCGGCUGCCCCCCAUUUUCUGUGGCCGUUUGCGGUUCGGUACGCGGCGCAUCAGAUCAACCUUCACCCCAGGGUCUCCAGACCGGAGACCUCCCCAACCUUGCUGUGGACGGGGAAGGUCGGCGAUGCGUAUGCGUUCCGUGUCUGGGGAUCUCGGGCGUUUGUGCGCGACUUGUCUGCGGACAAGAUGUCCCCUCGUGCUGCUCCCUGUGUCUUCCUUGGCUUCCCCCCUGACGCCCCUAGGUGGCAGUUCUACCACCCCACCUCUCGUCGUGAUCUGUCCUCCCAGGACGUCACGUUCGACGAGUCAGUACCCUACUACCGCCUCUUCCCCUACCGCACUCCUUCCCUCCCCCCGCCACCGCACUUCCUUGUGCCAGUCGAGCCGGUCGAGGUUGCUGGUGACUCUGGUACUGCUGCGGGUGCUGAGCCUGGGGGUGCUGACUCUGGGGGUGCUGCGCGCGUGGGUGCUGAGCCUGGGGGUGCUGCGUCUGGGGGUGCUGCGACUGGGGGUGCUGAGCCAGGGGGUGCUGAGCCUGGGGGUGCUACGACUGGGGGUGCUGAGCCUGGGGGUCCUUCGCCUGGGGGUGCUGCGUCUGGAGCUGCUGAGCCUGGGGGUGCUGAGUCUGGAGCUACUGAGCCUGGGGGUGCGGAGCCCGCGGCCGCUGGACCUGCUCGUCUGGCGUCUGGCGGUGCUGGGCCUGGUGGUUCUCCGAGUGCUUCGUCUCGGCGGGAGCCACUCUCUCCACAGGAGUUGCGGGAGUGGUUUGCCCGGCGGUGGAGGCGUACUACUGGAGUUGGUGCUUCUUCAACUGCUGAGGGUGCUGGUGCCGCCGGUCUCGGAGGUGCUAGUCCUGCGAGUGCUACUGGAGUCGGAGCUGCUGAGGGUGUUGGCGCUGAGGCUACUGCUGUCAGUCCUGGCGGCGGUCGUGCUGCGGGUGCUGCUGGUGCUGCUGGAGGUACUGGAGCUGGAGGUGCUGUUGACGCUGGUGCUGCCGCUGGGGGUGCUGUCCUCUCUUCCUGUGCUUGCCGACCCUGA